GUUACUAUUGCUGGUUAUACGGCAGGACAGCGUGCCAAACAUGUACCACGAGGAAAAUAUAUAGCAGGAGUUUCCAUUCUUACUGGAACUUCUAUCACUAUGUUUUUAUUGGUAAUUUUAAAUGUUUUCCCUUUCACUCCUCGCUACAUCAUCCCCGUCGCGGGGAUGAUGGUAGGCAAUGCAAUGACAGUUACUGGCGUUACAAUGAAAAAACUUCGCGAUGACAUCAAGAUACAAAUGUCCCUGGUUGAGACAGCCUUGGCUCUAGGGGCAACGCCUAGACAAGCAACAAUUCAACAAGUGAAAAGAUCGUUGGUUAUUGCUCUAUCUCCUGUGUUAGACAAUGCAAAGACGGUUGGUCUAAUAUCACUUCCAGGUGCAAUGACUGGACUUAUAAUGGGAGGAGCAUCUCCUCUUGAGGCUAUUCAAUUGCAAAUUGUGGUAAUGAAUAUGCUUAUUGGAGCUUCUACUGUUAGUAGCAUCUUCUCGACGUACCUCUCUUGGCCUUCAUUCUUCACAAAAGCUUAUCAGUUAGAAACCAAAGUUUUCUCUUCAGAGUGAAAGUCAUUUUUUCCUGGUUUUUGCUUUGUUGGUCAUGAAUCUCUCAUUUCAGUGGAAGAACUAAGUCCUUUUUUAAUAGAUUUUAGAGUUCACAACAAAUACCUUGUAUGUGAAGUUUUGCCUCUAGUGUUGUUUUCUUGGAUGAAAAACCGAAGCUUGCUACAGAUUUCUUGUUUA